AUCGUGCUUUUGGCUUUACUGCUUGACAAAAGAAAAGGAAGAAAAAACCAACACAACAAAACAAGCCACCAUAGCCUCUAGAGGCUAGGGGAAAAACAGCCACCACCGGGAUAACCGGGGGAACAAAACUCCACAGCCUAAAGGCUGGAGUAGAUCUCUUUCACAAAUUCAUACUGAAAAUACAAUAAGAGUGGAAACCGAGUGCGCGGUGACUGUGAGCAUUGCACCGCAGGACCUUCCCUUCGCCUUUCAAUCUCAACCACUGGCGGCAAACCCAAAGGCUUGUUCAAAAGGAGUGUGAGACAGUGAUGGCGACGGAGGAGGAAGCGACUUCAUUAGUGCGUAACCUAGGGAUUCUGGACACUCUCAGUGACGAUUCGAUCCAAGAGAUCGUCGGGAGCUACAAUGGCUUCUGUGCGGCCACCGAGGCCCUCCUCAACGGUACCGGAGACCUCUCCGUGGACCCCGAAUUCGUCGAUCACGUCCAUGGCCUCUGCAAGCACGGCCUCCGCUCUCUCGUCCGAGACCACUUUCUUCGAGCACUGGAGGAAACUUUUGAGAAAAACGGAGCGUCAAAAUUUUGGCGGCAUUUUGAUGCUUACAGUAAUGUCGCACUCCUAUGUAAAACACGCGAGGGUGAAGUGGAGCAGGUAUUGUGCAAAGCUCUGGAAGACAUAUGCUUGGAAAAGCUAUACAAGGAGAACUGUUUGUUGUCGUUGGUUCACGCUUUGCCCUCCUACAGGGAUCAGACAUCGGAGAGAGCCCGUCUCUUCUCUACGUACCAAUUACUCGUGUCUUCGGUGCUUAUGGCGACCCUUCCUCGGCAUUUUUCAGAGAUACUCCACUGGUAUUUUAAGGGAAGGUUGGAGGAGUUAAGUACAAUCAUGGCUGGAGAGCUUAAUGGUGACAGUGAAUCUCAAGAAAAAGAUGACAUGGAUUUAGAUGAAAAAAGCAAACUUGCCUACCGAACUGGUGAAAUGGAUAUUGAUGAAUGCUAUCACCAAGUCAGGUUCUCAGAGAACAAUAAAUUGGUGAAGAACAUUGGGAAGGUUGUUCGUGAUCUCAGAAAUCUUGGAUUUACGUCUGUGACUGAAGAUGCCUAUGCUUCUGUUAUCUUUCUGCUUCUAAAGGCUAAAGUACAUAAUCUGGCUGGUGAUGAUUACAGGAGUUCUGUUCUGGAGUCCAUUAAACGAUGGAUACAGGCUGUACCUCUACAGUUCUUGCGUGCACUUCUUGCUUAUCUUGGUGACUCUGUUAGUUAUGAUAGUCCUUCAUCUGGUCAAAAAUCACCUUUGGCUUCACAUCCUUCUUCAUGCUAUCCUGGAAUUGAUACACCCUCUGAAGGACUUGUUAGAUGGCAGCUGAGGCUAGAGUAUUUUGCUUAUGAGACAUUGCAAGAUUUGAGAAUAGCCAAAUUAUUUGAGAUCAUUGUGGAUUAUCCUGACAGCUCUCCGGCUAUUGAAGAUUUAAAACAAUGUCUUGAAUAUACUGGACAACAUUCUAAGCUGGUUGAAUCAUUUAUCUCAGCGCUACGAUAUCGUUUGCUUACUGCUGGUGCCUCAACUAAUGAUAUAUUGCAUCAAUAUGUCUCAACUAUCAAAGCACUACGAACAAUAGACCCAGCAGGUGUUUUUCUUGAAGCAGUUGGUGAACCAAUAAGAGACUACUUAAGGGGAAGGAAAGAUACAAUAAAAUGUAUUGUUACAAUGCUUACUGGCGGGACUGGCGGGACUGGUGGAAAUCCAAAUAUAUCUGGAAAUACUGGAGAUUGCCUUCUUGAAGAAUUAAAUAGAGAUGAAGAAAGUCAAGAGAAUACUAGUGUUGAUGAUGAUUUCAUCACCGAUGAGAAGCAAGCAUGGAUCGAUGCUUUACGCUGGGAGCCUGAUCCUGCCGAAGCUGACCCAUCAAAAGGUAGUAGGAACCGGAGGAAGGUUGAUGUACUUGGGAUGAUUGUUGGCAUAAUUGGUUCAAAGGACCAACUAGUCAAUGAAUAUCGUGUUAUGCUGGCUGAAAAGCUUCUCAACAAAUCUGAUUAUGACAUUGACUCAGAUAUACGUACUUUAGAACUUCUCAAGAUACAUUUUGGAGAGAGCAGCAUGCAGAAAUGCGAAAUAAUGCUCAAUGACCUGAUAGAUUCAAAGAGGACAAACACCAAUAUAAAAGCAACCAUUCAGCCAUCUCAGACGGGGGCUGAGCUUGGGGAAAAUGCAGUGUCCAUGGAUAUUCUUGAUGCUACAAUAAUUUCUUCAAAUUUCUGGCCUACAAUCCAGGAUGAGGCCCUUAAUGUACCUGAUCCUGUUGAGAAGCUGCUCUCUGAUUAUGCAAAGAGGUUUAAUGAAAUCAAAACCCCUCGUAAGCUUCUGUGGAAGAAAAAUCUGGGCACAGUAAAGUUGGAGUUGCAAUUUGAAGAUAGGGCAGUGCAGUUCACAGUGGCUCCUGUACAUGCAGCAAUUAUUAUGAAAUUUCAAGAGCAAACAAGUUGGACCUCUAAAAGUCUUGCAGCUGCUAUUGGGAUACCUGUAGACACACUCAAUCGGAGGAUAAAUUUUUGGAUAAGCAAGGGAAUCCUUGCAGAAUCACUUGGAGCAGACUCUAGUGACCAUGUGUUUACCCUGAUGGAAGGCAUGAUUGAAACUAGUAAGAAUAGUGGAAAUAGUGGGAGUUCUGAGGACCUUGUAGCAGGUGAUGAGGAUGGAGAGAGGUCUGUCGUCUCUGCCGAAGAUCAACUACGGAAGGAAAUGACUGUCUAUGAGAAAUUUAUCAUGGGGAUGCUCACAAAUUUUGGAAGCAUGGCAUUAGAUCGAAUGCAUAAUACUCUCAAGAUGUUUUGUGUAGCUGAUCCCCCUUAUGAUAAAUCACUCCAACAGCUUCAGAGCUUCUUAUCUGGUCUAGUAUCUGAAGAUAAGUUGGAACUAAGAGAUGGAAUGUACUUUCUGAAGAAAUAAUGAGUUGAUAGAAUUUCAACUAAUCCUCUGAAUCAUUAAGCAAUAGCACUGGUGAGACUUUUUGCAGAUUUAAAUGAAACAACAGUUGGAAAUAAUGCUUUCCUGUUCUCUUCAUUGCAUGAGGUAUCGCAGAAUUGAUGCCCAGAUACUCUUCCCGCAUUUUGGGAAUGUCUACAGGCAGCUUUGCCAAAAUUGCAGGGAGUUUUUUCAAUCUGCAUAUAGCCUUGAGAAAUGGUCGAUCUUUGUGGCAGGAGUGUCGCAAUCAUCCUGUUUGUUGAUUCUAGUUGGAGUAUCUUUGGGAUGUUUUCCAGUGGAUUUGUGGAGAGCGACUUUGGCCAUACUUGAGAAAAUCACUCUUCAGCUCUACAUGGAAAACAGCAUUCUGGUUUAUGCAUGCUCAUGGAUGUGGGGUUUUGGACAGCGUUUAAAAUUGCAGGAAGUUAGAAGAUCCUAAAGAGUGGUACUUAACAUGUUCCUGUGAUGAUUAAUUACUAAAUUUAUGAUGAUUUGUACUUUUGAUAGUUUAAAUACAUCAGAAAUGCUGCUUACACUCUUACAUGGUAAUAGUGAAUUUUAA